GCGGGCCAGCCACUGUGGGCAGGGUCAGCGGCUGAAGAUCCCUACUCAAACCGCCGCUUCUGCGCUGAGACUCACGCUGGGCACCAAGGGGCCAGCAUGGGUUGGUCUCAGGGUUUAUUCCGCGCCUUGUACAGAAUGCUGUCCAAGGAGGUGAAGGAGCACGUGGGCACAGACCACCUCGGGAAUAAAUACUACUAUAUCCCGCAGUACACGAACUGGAGAGGACAAACUAUUCGAGAGAAAAGGAUUAUAGAAGCAGCAAAGAAAAAUGAAAUAGACUAUGAAGUAGGUGAUAUCCCAGUAGAAUGGGAAGCUUGGAUUAGAAGAAAAAGAAAUAUUCCACCUACCAUGGAGGAAAUACUAAAGAAUGAAAAAUACAGGGAAGAAAUGAAGAUAAAAAGCAAAAUAUUUAUUGAAGAAGGAAAGCUCCUAAGUAAAGAGGCCAACGAGGAACUCUUGCCUCCACCAGUGCAGACUGAAGUUAAAGGGCAUGCCUCUGCCCCAUACUUUGGAAAAGAAGAACCCUCGGCAACACCCACCAGCACUGGGAAAACCUUCCAGCCAGGGUCCUGGGUGCCACAAGAUAGCAAGAGCCACAAUCAAUGAAUUGCACAAUGUAUGUUACCUCAGAAUAUUGUCUUGGCCAGGCUGACCUUGAACUCCUGGGCCCAAAGAAUCCUCCCACCACAGCCUCCUGAGUACUGUAUAUGUGCACUACUGGGGCAGCUCAAAUAGAGGUAUAAGAUAAAGAACAGCAAGAGAGAAGGCUAUGGAUGGAAUGUCUUCUCCCUGUGAGCCAAGGCCAGCACAGAGGCUGCAAGAACAAACACGUUCACGAACACUUGGGCUUGGGUUGGAUGACACUCUCUGAAACAGGUGCCCGCCCCAUGCUGCUGAGACUGUGGACUUACAGAAGCUGGACAAAAGAGCACUUGCUCUGGCAUCAGGGUAAUUGCAACCUGCUAAUAGCUUGCUCAGCACUCAGCACUUGUGGUCUAGAUGCUAUCUCGUUAACCUUCCUGGUGUGUGUGAGGCAAGUGC